AUGACCUACGACCAAUUCCUCAUUGUUGACUGCCCAACGGCAUACAACGUCAUCAUAGGGCGAACGGCACUCACCAGGAUCAAAGCCCACCUAUCCCCACACAUGUUGCUGAUGAAGUUCCGGACACGCAACGGUACCGGAGCCAUCCGGGGCGAUCAGCUCAGCGCACGGACGUGCUAUGCCACGACCCUUAAGUCGGUAGCCAGCAAACCGCCAAUGGAAGCCAUGACCUUGCAGGGACUACCGAACGGUAAUGAACUCAUUGACGACCCCCGGGAGGAAAACCCAACGCCGAUGGCACAGCCCGCCGAGGAGCUCGAGACCAUAAUCCUGAACAAGGAAUUCCCCGAUCGGUGGGUGAAGAUCGGCACCAAUCUGGACCCCGACCUCCGAAGGCAGUUCAUCGACUUCUUACGGCAGCAUGCGGAGGUCUUCGCCUGGUCUUAUGACGAUAUGCCCGGCAUAUCACCCGAUGUCAUCAGCCACAAGCUCAGCAUCUCCCCCGCCCACAAACCAAUCAGGCAAAAGCGCCGAUCGUACGAUGCCGAACGGUAUGAGGCGAUGCGUGCCGAAGUUGACAAGCUCAAAGCCAUCGGCUUUAUCAGGGAAGCUACGUACCCUGUUUGGCUUGCCAACUCAGUCAUGGUUCGGAAGGCCAGGGGAGGAUGGCGAAUGUGUCAGGACUAUACCGACCUGAAUAAGGCUUGUCCGAAGGACAGUUUCCCCUUACCGAGGAUCGACCAGCUCGUCGAUGCCACCGCCGGGCACGAGCUGCUCAGCUUCAUGGACGCGUAUUCAGGAUACAACCAGAUCUUCAUGGACCCUGCCGAUAGAGAACAUACGGCAUUCAUCACGGAUCGCGGUUUGUACUGUUACAAUGUCAUGCCCUUCGGCUUGAAGAACGCGGGGGCAACUUACCAACGGCUCGUCAACCGAAUUUUUGCUAAAUACAUCGGCGGCAUCAUGGAGGUAUAUGUCGACGACAUGUUGGUAAAAAGCCGAACGGCAGGGGAUCACCUGGAAAACUUGGCCCUCAUGUUCGGUAUUCUAAAGGACUACCGAAUGCGGCUGAACCCGGCGAAGUGCGCCUUCGGUGUAUCUUCCGAUAAAUUUCUCGGGUUCAUGAUCAGUCAAAGGGGAAUCGAGGCCAAUCCCGAGAAAAUAAAAGCCAUAAUCGACAUGGAGACGCCGAAGACGCAGAAGGACAUUCAGAGCCUUACCGGACGUGUCGCUGCCCUGACACGCUUCAUCUCCAAGGCUACCGAUAAAUGCGUGCCGUUCUUCAAAGCUUUGAAAGGGGGCAAACAUCAUAUAACGUGGACUCCCGAAUGCGACCAGGCAUUUCAAAACUUGAAGAACUACAUGAGCCAGGCACCACUGUUAUCGAAACCGCUGCCAGGCGAGCCGGAGAAGGCGGAGCUACCGAUCUUUUAUGUCAGCAAGGCGCUCCAGAGCGCAGAGCCUCGGUACCCACCCUUGGAGCAACUAGCACUGGCCCUGGUCGUCUCGGCACGAAGACUUCGCCCUUACUUCCAGGCUCACGAAAUCACAGUUCUGACGAACCAGCCUCUUCGGCAGGUGCUCCAAAAGCCGGAAACAUCGGGCCGAUUGGUCAAAUGGGCAAUCGAGUUGGGAGAGUUUGACAUACAGUUCAAGCCAAGGCCUGCAGAAAAAGGCCAGGCCGUUGCCGACUUCAUCUCCGAGCUCACGCCGCCUGCUUUAUCGGAACCAUCAUCGCCGAGCGUCGUCCCUACCGCACCAGAGAAAAUGAAUACCGAACGUUUCGACACUUCUGUUCCUCUCUGGAUCCUGCACGUGGACGGCUCGGCAAACCAGCAAGGCUGUGGUGCCGGCUUAGUGUUAACCACUCCGGACGGUAGCAAAAUCGAGUACGCCCUCCGAUUCAACUUCCGAACCUCCAAUAACGAGGCAGAAUAUGAGGCCCUCCUGGCUGGCCUUCGGCUAGCCCAGAGCAUGAGCGCAAGGCAGAUCAGCAUUCACAGCGACUCCCAGCUCAUAGUAAAUCAGAUAACGGCAGACUUCGCAGCAAAGGAUGCCUCCAUGUCAGCCUACUUAUCGGCAGCCCACCAACUAUUACAAAAAUUCCAGGCCUACGAGAUACGGCAGAUCCCCAGGUCGGAAAAUAGCCACGCCGACGCGCUCUCACGACUGGCCUCGGCCAUAAAUGACAAAAUCGGAAGGAAGGUACCGGUGGAGAUAUUAUCCCUACCGAGUACGACCGCCGCUGAGGUAUGUACCGUUCGGUACGAAGACACAUGGAUGUCUCCAAUCUAUGCCUAUUUGACAGCCGGAACCCUUCCUACCGAUAAGUCCCAAGCUCGGAAACUUCGCUACCGAUCGGCAAGAUACACAGUCAUCAACGAUGUUCUGUACAAACGGGGCUACACGACGCCGUAUUUAAAAUGCCUGACCAAGGAGCAGGGGGACUACAUCCUUCGGGAGGUCCACAGCGGAAUCUGCGGUGACCAUUCUGGAUCCCGAUCGCUCGCACACAAGGUCUUCCGGCAGGGUUAUUUCUGGCCGACUCUGCACCAGGAUGCGAACACACUAGUCAAGAGGUGUGACAAAUGCCAACGGUUCGGUAGUGUCCCUCAUAUUCCUGCCGAGCCACUGUCACCGAUCGUGAGCCCGUGGCCGUUCGCUCAGUGGGGACUAGAUCUAAUUGGUCCGAUGCCAGAAGGUAAGGGUCAGGUAAAAUACGCUGUUGUUGCCGUAGACUACUUUACCAAAUGGGUAGAAGCCAAAGCCCUAGCAACAAUAACGGCAGCCAAAGUCGAGGAUUUCGUCUGGACGAAUAUUUGCUGCCGAUUCGGCAUCCCCUACGCCAUCGUCACGGAUAACGGCAGGCAGUUUGACUCGGAAGUCUUUAGGGAAUUCUGCACCCGACUCAAGAUCAACCUGUUCUUUGCUUCGCCAGCACACCCCCAAUCGAACGGACAGGUCGAAGCCAUGAACAAAAUUGUCAAGAAGCUGUUGAAACGGCAGCUUGACAAAGCCAAAGGAGCCUGGCCGGAAAAACUUCCGGAAGCGCUAUGGGCCAUCCGGACAUCCUACCGAACGGCAACUGGGGAAACACCAUUCUCUAUGGCUUUCGGUUCAGAGGCAGUAGUCCCAGUGGAGAUUGGAGAGCCCUCCUACCGAACGGAAACCUUCGCACCGAAGGCAAAUGAGGAAGCACUGGCUUUGAGCCUCGACUUACUCGAAGAGCACCGAGCACAAGCCAACCUUCGGAACGAAGCUUACAAGCAACGCGUCUCUCGGUACUAUGACUCCAGGGUCAGAUCCCGCUCUUUCCGAAUCGGAGAUUGGGUCAUGCGGAAAGUCUCUUUGGCAACCAAGAAUCCCACGAAAGGAACCCUUGGACCUUCCUGGGAGGGACCCUACAAAAUCAUCGGUAUCCAGCGAUCGGGGACUUAUCGACUCAGAGACUCCAACGGAAAGACCCUCGGUCAUCCUUGGAACGUAGAGCAUUUGAAGUACUAUUUCAAGUCAUCUUGCCUACGGUAG